CCAGAGUGGGCGUGGCCUCGCAAUGAAGGAAGCGCCCUCUCAGCUGUAGUUUCUGUUCUUUCGCCUAUGUGACAAACACGUACCUACCUGCUCUACAAGAGGCAGGAGCAGCGGACCGCUCCGGACCGGACUUGGAUCUGAACGGGAUGGUGGUGCUGGUGGAUCUGGCGCACGGCGGCUGCCCGGAGUGCGCCGGCGCCUCUCUGCUGCGGGAGUCGAGCUUGUGCGUGUUUCUGCUCUGCGGGAGAAAUCACCGGGAUAUCAGCGGCUUUUCAAAGGCGCUCCAGAGGUCACACAGCAGGGUGCAGGUGCUGGACUCUGGCUCCAUCGCGGAGUGUCUCUACUGCUUCAAGCAGGCCGUGGACCAGCUGGAUUUGGACCUGCUGGAGCAGACCUGCAUCCGGGUCUGCACAACUGCGCGGGGUCGGGAGGAGCUGGGCCAGUAUCAGGAACUGCUCUUUACGUCCGUUUAUAGGUUUGAUUAUGAGGUGGUUCAGCUCACCUGUACGAGCUGCAGAGGCUCCACCCACUUGAACCCACCUGGACUAACAGUACAGGAGGAGGUGUAUACGUUUCUGCAGCAGCUUCCUGCAUUAAAGGGAGACAUUCGAGUUCUGAAGUCAUCACUGAUUCCAGACUGCUUUGGUCACGGCUUCACCACUCGUUCAGGUGGUGUAUCCUGCAUCCCAACCCUGUCCUCCUUAAAUCUGUUCAGCAGCUGCAAGAGGAGGGACCCCGUUGCCGUGGUGAUGGAGAACAAACGCCGGCUGGCCCUCCACGCUGGUUUCCACCCUCUGCCUCUACAGUCUGUUAAGGUGAACCAUGCGAGUGACGUCUGGGUUUUGGGACAAGCUGAGCCGGACAGCUACGAUUCCAUGGUGACCAACCAGAGUGGGCUGGUUUUGACAGCACCAGGCGCAGACUGCAUGCCAAUCCUGUUCGCUGAUCCAGUGAAGAGGGUGAUUGGAGCCGCUCAUGCAGGUUGGAAAGGGACGUUAAUGGGGGUUGCCAUGGCCACUGUGAAUGCCAUGGUGGCCAACUUUGACUGUCGGAUGAACGACAUCUUGGUGGCCGUGGGACCGGCGGUGGGGGUGUGUUGCUUCACACUGCCCAGAGAGCAGGCACUGGACUUCCUCAGCAUCCAUCCAGACUGUGUCCCUGAUCCAGAGUCGCCCAAACCGCACGUGGACAUCCGUCUCGCCAACAGAGUUCUUCUCCAGAAUGGUGGCGUCCUGCCGGAGCACAUCCAUGAUGACUCGGUGAAGGACCAGAACUGGGUUUCUCAAUGCACCUCCUGUCAUCCCGAUGACUUCUUCUCCCAUGUCAGGGACGGACUCAACUUUGGCACCCAGGUGGGAUUCCUGUGGAUCAAAGAAACAGCCAAGCAGACCGCAGCUGCAGUGGGACAGACGUGACGGAGGUCAGAAGUCGGCUGUGGGAAGUCCUGGAGAUCUCCCCCAUCUUUAGGAAUGGCCUCAUCUUCCUGUAACGUGAUGUUUGUAAACUACAAAAGCCAGCAGACAUCAGUUCUGCAGCAGCAACAAGCUGAGUACUACUUCCUCCUGCUGUCACUGAACUCAAACGGGCUUAUCCGACCAUGUAAAAGAGCAUCCUGCUGCAGACGGGCGUGCUUUUGUGCAUCUCGUUUAAAAUAAAAAUAUUUAGCAUUCUUGUA